CACAGAGUUUAACAAGGCCAGCACGCACGUCCCGUAGAGCACCAGCCGCUGAGGGCGAGUCAUGCUGGGGGUCGGGAUCCACAUGGUUACCGUGUCCCCAGCUCUUCUCUUGGAGUCACCCGUACAACUCAGCAUUGGGAAUCAAAUUCUACAGUGCCAGACGUGUCCAGGCCCAUUUUCCAGAGCAUAUGCAUGAUCCAGAAGAGGAGCUGGAGAAUAUCAAAAUGUUUGGCACCAAUUCAACUCAUUGUAAGGCAUGGUGAUGGUCCCAUGUGAGAUUUUGAGUCAAAACUUUCUUGCAUCAAUAAAAGCAUCGAAGAUGAAAUGUGGCUGCAGGUCUUCCAGCAUGACAAUAAUCAUAAACACAACAAUGAAGGAGUGGCUCCCUCAAAGCAUUUCAAAGACAUUGAGUGGCCUUGCGAGUGUUCAGACCUCGACCCCAGAGAAAAUCUGUGGAGUAUUGAAAGCCUGUGUUGCCCUUCGACAGCCCAAAAAUAUCACACAGACAUCUCCGUGGAGGAAUGAGCCAAAAUAUCAAAUACAGUGUGAAUGUCCGGUGAAGACCCACAGUAAACUUUUUCUCUUAUGAUUUUAAAUUCUAAUUUAUUUUCUUCUCGAUGAUUUGUUUUAAUUAUUCAAAAAUUUCAGGGUUAUUAGCAGCACUCUUCAAGAAUGGGUGUCAAAUUUACAAGACAUUUAUUUUCAUUUGCAUGGACUUAAGUCCUGGUGCGAGUGCUUUUGCUACCUCUAUUUUGUUCGAUUGUACACAACCUGUGUGAGCUACCGAGUGUAAGCUACAUGAAAGAUACAUCAAUGACAGUAAUGCAAAAUCUUCCUCCCUCACUAAUCAUCAUCCAAGCAGGUGUUCAUUUAUGACUUUUCCAAGCAGAAUCAUUUGAUGUUCAAAGGAGGCGAGUGCAACGUCUCAUCAGCGAACUGUCAAAUACUGCACUGUAGCAUAUGCGCAAGGACACGGGCCUCAAUCCAAGCCUCAAGGUUACAAGUGUAUUGUUUACUUUUUCCCCACUCAUGUUGUGGCUUUUACGUUGCCCUGACCUGGCUCAUAACCCAAGUCGACAGCCUAUAAAGAAGAAGCGCUUGUGCUUGUGCAGCUUCAUUGCAGCAUUUGUGUCCGUCUUAUUUUCAUCGACCUUCUUAUGGAGCUGAUGUCUGCUUGUGAACGGACCACGACUGUGGUAGACUUGGAAGCGAUGGCGGCGGAACUGGCCCCUGCUUCCCGGAAUGCAACCGUGGGGGCAUCAGUUGGGAUUUCCGUGGCAACCGGAAGUUUGCUUUUACUCAUCUGCCUGCUGCUGGUGGCUUGCGGGUACACGGACAAGCGUCGAGUACCAGGUCCAUAUUUUUGCCUGGGAUUGGGGCCGCUUCUGUCAUACCUGAGAUUUAUUUGGACGGGCAUAGGCACAGCCAGCAAUUACUACAACGACAAGUAUGGUGACAUUGUCAGAGUUUGGAUUGAUGGAGAAGAGACGCUCAUUCUCAGCAGAGCAUCGGCAGUGCACCACGUUUUAAAGCAUGGACAUUACACCUCACGGUUUGGCAGCAAAUUAGGACUGAGCUGCAUCGGGAUGAAUGAGAGAGGGAUUAUAUUUAACAACAAUGUCACCCAGUGGAAAAAAAUACGUACCUAUUUCACCAAAGCCUUGACGGGGCCGGGCCUUCACCAGACCUUGGAGGUGUGCGUGUCUUCCACGCAGAACCACCUGGAGCACUUGAGGAAGGCUGUGGGAGGAGACGGGUUGACAAACGUGGAUGUCCUCAAUCUGUUGCGCUGCACUGUGGUCGACAUCUCCAAUAGACUCUUCUUGGAUGUGCCCUUCAAUGAGAAGGAGCUGAUGCAGAAGAUUUUAAAGUAUUUUGAGACAUGGCAGACAGUCCUGAUCAAACCUGACGUCUACUUUAAGUUUGACUGGAUUCACCAAAGGCACAAGUCGGCAGCCCAGGAGCUCCAACAUGCCAUUGAGGACCUCGUGGAGCAUAAAAGAAGAGAAGUGGAGCAAGCAGAGAAACUAGACAACAUCAACUUUACUGCCGAGCUCAUAUUCACACAGAACCGUGGCGAGCUUUCCGCUGAGAACGUGACUCAGUGCGUGCUGGAAAUGGUGAUCGCCGCACCGGACACUCUUUCGGUCAGCCUCUUCUUCAUGCUGCUGCUUCUCAAACAGCAUCCACAUGUGGAGCUGCAGCUGCUCCAGGAAAUAGACAGCGUCAUGGGUGAGCGACCCCUGCAAAAUGAUGACCUUCACAAGCUGCAAGUUCUGGAGAGCUUCAUCAAUGAAUGCUUGCGCUUCCACCCUGUGGUGGACUUCACCAUGCGGCGUGCACUGUGUGACGACGUCAUUGAUGGCUACCGUGUCCCAAAGGGCACAAAUAUCAUUCUGAACACCGGCCGCAUGCAUCGCACAGAGUUCUUCCCCAAACCCAACGAAUUGAAUCUACAAAACUUUGAAAAGAAUGCGCCACGUCGUUACUUCCAGCCAUUUGGAUCGGGCCCUCGAGCAUGUGUAGGCAAACACGUUGCUUUGCUCAUGAUGAAAUCAAUCUUGGCGACGCUGCUCUCCCAGUAUUGCGUGUUCCCUCAUGAGGGUUUGACUCUGGACUGCCUCCAGCAGACCAACAACCUCUCCCAGCAGCCUGUUGCGCAUCAGCAGGACAGCCAAAGUCUCGCCAUGACUUUCUUACCCAGAAAGAGAGGACACUGGGACCCUCGUUGAGACUUUUUGCUUGCCUUUUCCGUUUCCAGACAUUUAUAUAGUGACUACAUAAGUACAGUACAAUAUUGCUUACUUAUUCAUUGAGUUCACCUUAUUCAAUGUAAACAAUUACCAAGUGGAUAUAUUACAUACAUUGAGCUACUAUGUGUUUUACUGUUGCAUGGCUGUACAGAUCUUAAUUGUGCUGUUUUGGUAACAUGUAUCACUAUCAUAUAUUAAACUGUAUAUUAUUAUUAUAUUUUUCACUUUCAAUAAAUUAUUACUGAAUAA